GGCGCGCGCACGUUGAACGUGCCAAAGGCAGAAGAAGAAACGACCCGAGUUUUGGCGUCACGGAACAAGCCAGCAAGCUCUCGGUGGCGCUCGGCUUCUCCUCCCGCGAUGCAAGACCUGCUGUUUCUCCGCUGUAUUCUCUACUUCUGCACCGUGUGCAACAUUUUUUGGGUCGUUACAAGAAUCGAUGCUCUCAGUAGGGGACCCAACAAGCAAAGAGCCAUCUUCCACAUUACCUAUGGCGUCGGAUCUACCCUCGACCUAGUCAGCGACGUAAUCAUGCUCCAUGCGUUGAGAAACCCGAGUCAGGCAAAGCAGAAGUUUCGACUGUUCCUCAUCUGGAACACCUUGUCUACCUGCGGCUACUACGUCACGGGCUUGUUCCUGGAAUUUUUAAACGCCAAGCCCACAAAACUUGAAAAAGACAAGUUGCGAGACAAGGAUGAAAAAUCGCUUGAUACCCGUAUUUUCUUCUACGUCGUAGUAAUCUACACUGUGAUCUUUCUUGUAAAGGUCUGUAUCCUGUAUGCUUUGUACCAGGUCUACCAGAACUACGAUCGCCUCGCGGCCAACGAGGAAGAACAGAACCUCGCUCCGCAGCCCGGAAUAUUCUCCAAUGCGCCGCCAGUCGCAUACCGGUUCCAACCCGAAAGCCAAUCCGGGGUUCCGGUCAUGCCUACCGGGCCAGCGUUGCUCGCGGCUCCCGCGUUGGGUGGAUACCCAAAAACGACUCCGGGCCCGGCGGGCUUCCCCAGUACCAGGCCUGCUCCUUGAAUGACUGUUUUUCAAUCUAGCGACAUGACUGAUGAUUUGAAAACUUGCAAAUGUUUCACAAGAAAGCAGUUAACCUUUUAAAUCAAAAGCAACAGUGGCAAAAAAAUAUGUUUUUGACUUGAAUCUUGGCAACCAGCGCAAACAGAACUUUCGGGAAAGAAUUGCCAACAUUGCUCUCAAAUACUGGUGUAGCUGUUCUAUAAAUGCUGCUAACGAUGAAUAUUGUUUAACUCAAAA